UGAGUUUUUUUUAUUUGAAAUAAUUUGUGCGCGCAUCGCAUCGGAAAUGUGAAGAUGGGACAUGAGCUCCGUUUUGCACUCCGUUGGAUUUGUGUUGAAGGAUUCGGGAUCGUUACGCAUCGAUUAUUAACGUAAACGAGGAUUUUUAUUUGAGAUGUGCGUUUUCCAGACCCGUUUCUCUAAGGGUACAUUCAGGUUUAUAUGCGUCUUGGAUGUAAAGCUGUGCGUUUUUUUGUUGGAACUGAGGUACUUCCAGUUAACGUCACCUAAUAUGUUACUUUCACGUCAUUAAAUAUUUACGCAGUAUUAUCGUAACGCAUAUGCAUGUGAAAUGAAAAUCUUUAGUUUUUGGUAGUAUAAUAAUGCUAUUGUAAUUAACAUUUUUAAAUUGGCUCUUAACAUGGACCCUUGGGGAAGAAGAUACAUGAGAAAAAAUUACUCUGUGGAAGUAGAUAAAAUGGACUGCAUUUUUGCAAAGGAUUGUUCUUUUUAAUUGUUCUUUAAACUUGCUGGCACACAAACAGAAACAAAGGAAUUCAAGUCCAGUGCAAACUGAAAAUGAACUCCAAUUAUAACAGUGCUGGAUUUCAUAUGAAAGGGCCGUCGGUAGCUGUGGAGCCGAUGAUGGGCCCCUUAAAUGAAUCCCCCAUGCAGGGACUCAACUUCAUGUCGAACAGAGACCAGUAUGGAUUCCAGACUCAUGGCCAUGGGGAUAUGCUUGGUAUGGGAGUUCAGCCACAACAUCAACUCCACAUGCAAGGACCAUUCAACCAUCAACCACCUAACCACGAGCAGCAUUCACAUCUGUACCAGGACAACGUGCCCUCUUGCUUGCAUGGGGACAGACACAUGGGCUUUAAUAACAACAAUGCAGGUCACCCGCAUAUGUUUGAAGGAGGAUUUGGUCAGCAGCUCGCUGAAGCACAGUCACGAGAAUGCAUCUCGCAGCAGCAGCAGCAACAGAGAAUGGCCGCAAUGCCCGAGUUUCAACCUCACCAUAACGGUAACCACGCCGUUCCGGCGCCAUGUCUGCCUCUGGACCAGUCGCCUAACCGUGCUGCUUCGUUUCACGGCCUGCCUUCCUCAUCCCCCGAAACGCACAGACUUGAACAUUACAGGCUUUUCCCACAGGGCCGGAUGGGGGGAUCAGAGCAUUGUUUUCCCUCUGAUCCUCUGUCAGGGAAUUUUGAUAUGACUGGAUUCUCUAACGCCGAGUCCACGGAGCCCAAACUUUCCUAUUGUGAAACAGGGAACCAAGCGGUCGGGGGUCCUUUUUCUACCUGUAAUCGUUCUCGAGGGCCCAUGAUGGGAGGCUCUAAAGUCGACCAGCAGCUACCUCAGCAAAAUGUGUUUUCUGACAGAUUUGGGAACAGGGGGAAAAUGGAUCCAGGGGUUAAUGCUAGACAUCACCUCAUGGCGCAGCAAAGAGCCGGACCCAUAGCCAGGCAAAACCCUGGUUCCCCUGCCCUUCCUCGGUUUUAUCACACACCUGAAUAUGGACCGAACAAUACAGACUUUCAAGGCCCUAUGGUGCAGCACGGUAUGGAUCGGCCGGUACACAGACUGAACAGCCAUAACAUGAAUCCCUUCGGGGAGCCGGUAUUUGAUGUCCCUCAGCUAGCACCUCAACCCCCCCAGCACCCUCACCUUAGCUCACUGCCUUAUUUAAAUAUGGCUAAAAGGCCACGGUUUGAUCUCCCAAAUGGCUCGGCUGGAGAGAGCUGCAACCCCCUAACCAAUGGCUUACAUAAUCGCCCUGGUCUUGAGAACCAUCUCUCCCCUUCUGCUUUUCCUUCUCCCAUGGGGGACUUCACAUCUCACGUGACGGAUGGGUUUCCAUCAGGCCCCCUACCCCUGAGCUCCGGCCCAGAGCAACAACAACAGCCGUUGCAGCGACGACAAAAUGCGGCAAUGAUGAUCAAACAAAUGGCAUCGAGGAGCCAGCAGCAAAGAAUGAGGCAACCCGACCUGCAGCAGUUAAGUCUCCACGGGAACGUGACAUCAAACGGAAUGGGCUGCAGAGGGCCUCUGGGUAAUGUGUCGCAGUCGAAUUUUGAGAAAAAACAUAAUUUUCAUGGAAACUUUGACAGUCCCCAUCUACCUCAAGAAAACUCAUGGUUUCCUGAGCCACAACAGCAACAUUGUAGGGAAACAAACACUCAUGCCCUGGAGCAGACAGAGAACGGACAUAACAUUAUUUUUAGACAAGGUGUCACAAGCAUGGACAUGCAGUCUUUGAAUUCUCCAGGAGCACAUCAUGCAUUCGAAAAUAAUGUCAGCAAUCCUCUGCAGAUGCAGUCUCCUGAUGAGGGCAACAUGCAGUCGGGCGCAUCCGUGGACAGGAGGCCGGCCGAAUUCGGAGGCAUGGCAAUGAGGAGGCAGCAUAGCUUCCCUCCUGGAGGGCCAAAUCAACAGGGAGCCCCCCAAAGCAAUCCACCAGGAUUUAGCUCCUCUCCAGGGAACUAUUCCGCCCAUCCUGAGUACCUCUCCAGCCAGCACCUGUCAGUCAAUAAGCUUGGGGCCCUCUCUUUGGGGAAUUUGAACAAAGCCAAUACAAAAGACAGUGUGUUUGGCCAAAGCUGUCUGGCAGCUCUUUCCACGGCCUGCCAGAAUAUGAUCGCCAGCCUUGGGGCCCCGAACCUCAAUGUGACUUUUAAUAAGAAAAGUCAAAAUGAGGCCAAACGCAAAGCAGGUCAGGUUGAGCAGGACAUAAAUAGCAAUGGCAGUAGUGUAGCUUGCGGCCCAGGAGCAGAGUAUUUUCAGAGCAAUGCUUCUCAGAACAGUCAAACGCCUUGCUCUGGGAAUAACAACAAUACGACGGCAGGUCAAAGUGGUACGGGCCAGAUGGCGAAAAGGGAAGCUAGCACCCUUUCCCCAAACAACAACAUGGAGUCUGUAUGUGAGGGUAAAAUGGCAACAGGCAGUGGCAAAGGGAGGGGGAAGAAAAGACGUGAUAGCGGGCACAUAAGUCCCGGAAACUUCUCCCCUCAGUGUAGCAGUAACCCGGUUGUCAGCCCGAGUCAGCAAGGUUCUGCUAUAAACAUGGGCAUGGAGAGCAGGGGUAAAACUCCAGAGAGGGCCAUGGUCUCCCCUUCCUUCGGAAAGCCCGACCUGGCGACCUCCAUGGACAGCGGAAUUCAAAGCGUAGGCAAAUCGGAUGGCGUUUCGCCCUGCAUGGAUUAUUUAGAUGAAGCGAGCCCAAACUACAACAACGAGGAUGCGAGACCUUGCAGAGCCGGCGUGAAGUGUAAUUCUGAAAACAGAGCCGGGUACGCUGACGCUCCGUGCAUGGAACAGGUGCGGACGCCAUUGAGCAACGCCGGCCAGGAUGAGGUUCAUCCUCUAGAGAUUUUGCAGGCUCAAAUCCAGCUGCAAAGACAGCAGUUCAGCAUCUCUGAGGACCAGCCGAUGGGAGGGAAAACGGGCAAGAAGGCUGACUGUCAGACUGGUCUAAAUGGAGAGUGUGCCAUGGCCAAUUCCAGCCCGGUUGCAGGCAAGGGCUCUGUGAAUUCCAUUGACCUUGACGCUCUCAUGACAGAGCAGCAUGCCACCUGGUAUGUCCCCGGCAACAAGGCUCUGAUAGAGGACCCCGCUAAUGACAAGUGCCUGGGAUUCUGGGAUAGAGCACGAGGCCAGAGUGACAACAAAGAAGGACAUGGGUAGAAGCACCAUCAGACGGCCAGAAGUGGCUCUUUAGCGUAUCACUUAAAAAGGUGCUGCACGAUCUCGGUGUGGGGAUGGGGGAGGGACCCAGAGGGAAGCCACCCGCGGUGCCCUGAUUUUCGGGACCGGGGGGUGGAGGCCCCCCCGCAGUUUCAUUCGCUUCCAGAUGCGACCCGAACUCAUCCAGAACAACCCCAACCACUUUGGGACCUCGCCGGCUGCUUUCUCAAACUGUCGGCUUGGUGUUUUCCAGCAUCAAUUGGAUAUCCGUUUAUUUUUUUACUAGCACUAGAGAAGCCACGACGCUCUCCGGGUGUCCGCAAAGCAAAUCUUUGGGCCAACAAAAUCUCUUUAGAUUCGCAGGAGAGGAGAGACAGUGGGAUACAGGAAACACACAAGCACAUCAGACUGGAAUCUUGGAAAGCGAGGCUCGAUUGCUUUUUAGUGUAUUUUUAUCCUCUAAAACCGUUGUUGCGUUUUUGUUUGGAUUACCUCAUUUUUUUUGUAACUUGACUUCCGAGUGAGGCUUAGAUUAGAUAUUAAGAGAGUCCUGCUCUCUCUAUAAAUAUUUAUUCUCUCUGUUUGUUCAGCAAAGCUUCUUUAUUCAUAUCUAAACAUUUCGAAAGACUUCUAUUGACAGAAAAAGUGACUUUUCCCCUUACAAUUGCUAUUUUUUAUUUUUUGUUAUGUUAUUCCCAUUUUGUUUCCCAUUUAAAAAACAAAAACUGAUCGUCCAAGCAUCCAAAAAGAAUUCCUUCACACGAGAGGACGUCAGCUCUCCGUUAUAAAGCUUCCCUUUUUCUAUAUCCGAGGUCUACAGCACCAGUCUCCAUGUCUGUGGUGGGUCAACCUUUUGACUUUUAAAGGCCAGUGGGGGUUCUCUCCUCUCCCUACUGUUUUUGGAAAUUUGAUAUUCACCCUGAGAACAUCCCUUUGUGACCCUGCCUGGCCAGCAUCGGAAUGCCAUUGUUUCAAGUCGAAACUCUGCUUUGCCUGGGUUUUCCCUCCUUACCGAGCCUCCAUUGAGACCCCAAGCUUCCCUCUGCCUUUAAACCAACUGAUGGUGAAUAUGUUUAGUUGGAAUUGGCAGGCUAUUCAAGCGAGGACAAUGGUUCGUGACAAAAGACUUUCCUUUUAAGAAAAUAGGUUUUCUUCUGGAGAGAAAAAGGUCUUUAACCAAUUUUUUGGUCUUCGACACCUCUCCGUUUUCUUGUUCUACCUCUUUUCUUCAUUUUUCUCUCAUUAUUGUGAUAUACACGAAGCUUAAAGUGAAGUUACUUGUGCCCGCAGAGUUUUUUUUGUAAAUAACCUGUAUAUUAUGGAUCAGUUAUUAACAAUAAAUAUGUUGUAAAUGAUGCACUUUUCCAAGCGUUACUUGGUCCUCCGCGGAGCUGCUGUCAUUUAAUUCAGUGUUUUCCUAUGAAAUGUGGCGUUCUUCCCAAGAGAAACCUAAAUUAGCACACUCUCUCUACCAAAGACCCACGGCUUAAAGUUUAGUCUUAAAUGGCGACGAGAACCGCAAAGCAGCCAUCCAUUUUUGUUUGAUUAAGGGGCACCGGGUUCGAGAUAUUGCCUGAGAAAUGCAGUCUUUAUGUUUGCCCUGAACUAAUCUUAAACAGUGGGAAAAUAUUUUCGAGAGAGUGGAGCGGGUUAAACUGAAGUCAAAUGACAGGAGGUUGUUUGUGAAACGCUCAGCUACAAAUCUCCAGUGGUUUGGACGGGUUUGAAACUGCUGGGUUUGGGUGGUGAAGUCUCUAGAGUAUCUUGAUCGUGAUUACCUCACUGUUCUUCGUGUAAAUCAUUGCUUAUUGAUGAUAGCAAAACACAUGGAGACUUCAUGAAUAGAAUUUGGGGAUUUCGUUGUGAGCAGAUGUUAAAGUGCAACUGCAGGACUCAGAUUUGUUUAUUGUAGAGAAUUAAACAAAAUGUCUGUCAAACGUGUCUGUGAAAUCUAUUAAUGCAAAAUAAGGACAAUUUUGUCAAUGUAUAUUUUCUUUCAAACUUGCAACCUAACUUUUUGGUGUGCACACCUCGAGACUGCCGUAUUCAAACGGACUCAAUACCGCGGUGAUUUCGAUUCCCAAGAGUGACGCACCGUCUAAGAGACGGAAUCUUUCACAGGAAACGCAGUCUGAAAAAUGUCCUAGCGCAGUUAGGCCGAAGGUGCGUUUUCUUUGGCUGGCGCCAGACAUUCUUGUCCUUGUUUUUCCAAUUUACUGGAGCUACAGUGAGACAGUUUUCCCAUUUGGAGAUGACUGUAGGCCUCUGCUUUUACUAUUGUUGACUGUCACUGUGAGACUAGUUAUAACCUGUUAUUAUAUUUCACAAAAACUUGAUUUAAUUUUUCCACGUGACAAACAUAGAAAAACUUUGCAAACAAGGUCAAAUGGUAAUAUACUUUAAUUUAAGAUAAUAAAGAUGCAGAUGUUUGUUAAAAAGCUUUAAUCGCAUGCAAACAUUUUUAGAAAGCCCCAGAGUUUGGUUUAAUUGAAAGAUGAGCGCUGUGUUUUAAUUACCACAGCCGUCUGAUGUAAUUACACGACCAGUCAAAGGUUUGUACACACCGAAUCAUUCUUUAUUGUUACUAUUCCAGAAUAAAAGACAUUAACAUAUAAAUGCUGGGAUGGGAAUUAUAUAUAAAGCAAACAAUGUUAAACAAAUUUAAACGGUUAUAUCUGCUCUGCACAUUUAUUUUAGUAAUUUAUUAAAAAAAAAAUUUUUUUUACAAUUUUUGUUCUACCUAAAUGUGUUUAUGCAAAUCUAAAAUGGUUUUAACUAUUGAGAUUUCCGCCAAGUGUAUGCAAACGUGAUCGGUCUCGUACAAAAACAACUAAUUUCACUGCAGCCAUUUUGUGGCCACGUCACGAACGCUUUCGCAACGCAAAGCGAGCGUGACAGCCCUUCACCUCUUCAAACCUGAGAAAUUCUCACAUGUUUGUUUAGGUUUACCCAUUCCCCAUCCAUCGCGCAUGUUUGCGGGAGCUCGACCGCACGGUUUAGUCCUCACAUACAUGUUAAUAUGCAACACGAGUGGCUCGAAAAUUGCAGGCCUUUGAGAGCCUUGACAGUCUGCGCAUUCAUUCUGUCCCAAAGCAGGUUUCCUAUUCAUCUCGCCUCACAGAGGAACACCAUGGUGGGACCGCUGGAGAACGGGAGACAGAGCAGGAUAGGAGGAGGGGUAUCUAAGCCCAGCUUGGCUUUAAGAAUGGGAUUCAGCAAUUGGUGUGCAAAUGGCAGUGUCUCCCAUAGCCCAAUGAUCCCAGAGGAGCCCAACGGAGGAAAGACACUGGCUUGGGUCUCUGUCUGUCCCCUGAAUUUUUCAUAGGUCAGCCUUCACAAUACACACUUAAAUAGCUGGGCAGAGCCGAUGGAAAUCGGCACAGAGAGGGAAAAUCCACCCCCCACCUCCGGAACAAUGGGGAUAAACAAAGAUUUUGGUAUCUUUUUAAGGAGAGCUCAUCCAAAAGCAAGUUGGUUGAAAAGAGAGAGAAGUUUUUUAGUUUUUUCGGAAGAGAAUGAGGACGGGGGGUGGAGUGGAGCUCUUGGGAAUGCAUUGGAAUCUUUAUAUAUAUAGAGAUAUAUAUAUAUUCCCCCCCCCGCUUUAGCCCAGGUUGUCUUAAACUUCCUUUUGUUUGUGUUCUAUUGGCUAAGCAAGCAAGUGUCGUGGGGCAGUUUAGGCUGUUUGGAUUCACUCAACACUUCUAUUAUCUCUAAUGGUUUUGGAUUGGUUGUAAAGACUUCCCAUGUGUCUUAUCUACCCUAGAAUUGUCGGGUGGGGGGAGAGGUAAUUGGUUGAUUGUCACAUACUUGAGUCCUCAAUAAUUGUAAUGAUGAUAAAUUUCGCUGAAGACGUAGCGGAUGACGUGAGGGACAUUUGCAUUUAAUAUGUGCAUAUAAAAUGCGCCACUGAUUUAAUCAGCAGGUAAUUGAUCCUCCAACUGGUUUUACAUCAGGAUCCUGAAGCUGUGAGUUGAUAUGGUACACUGUUAAAAUGUCUGUAGAAAUUACAGUAUUGCUGGCAGCUGUUUGCAGUAGCUUACUGUAGAUUUAUAUUUAUGUUGUUUAUAGGCAACCGUUUGUUCAAAGUUACAUUAAACAUAAAGUCUUUGUCUUUACAGCAUAAAACUAA